GUGCAAACUCUGAUUGCCGAUAUUCGCUGUACUGUGUACUUGGGCCAAUUUCCUGUUUGUUAUUAAAAUGUGGUUCAGCCCUUCUGAAAGCAUAGCAAUGCUUCAACAAGAAGGAAGGACAAAUUGACAAGCAGAGACAAAUAAAUUGAUACCCUACUGUCAAAUUUUGCAGUUCCUGAAAAAUAUAGUUUGUAAUAAAAUGACAAUAAAUUUUUGAUGAUCAGGUGUAAAUAUUCACUUUUGAAUGGCAUGUGCCUUUAAACUGAAAAUAAAAACUUGUAAUAUACUGUGCUGUACAACUGGCAAGUUUGCCUUUACUUGCUAAAGAAUUUGAUUAGCUGGAUUUAUAGCAAGGCAACAUUAACCAUUCAGUUGAUGCAAUGUCAUGAGAUUCACAAUCAUGCGGGUCAGUGGCUUUUGACUGCAGCGGUGCCAUACCUUUCUGAUUCUCUGACGCUGAAUAAUCAAAAGUGUUCCAAAGAUGUCGUGCAAUGAAGCUUGGACCAGAGAGGCUAUUCGACUGCUUUUGGAAUUCCGGGCCGAUGAGAAUGUGAAGGCUCAAAUGGAUGGGACAAGUAAAAAUCAGUACGUCUAUCAACAGAUCGCCAAGGCUUUAGCCGAGUGCGGAGUCCGGAAAACCCGACUGCAAGUGAAAAAUAAGCUGAAAUACACCAAGGUAAGGUGGUUUCAGUCACUAAGGAACGUCAAGAGUGGGUGCCAAAAGAAAGUGGGGGCUUUUGACGCACUGUGCAAGGCGAUAUGGGGUGAUGAUCCUCUGUGCCAAAAUCCAGAAGCAAAUGGUAGUAUGGAUAGGGUGACGAAUGAAAAUGCAGCAAGGGGCCCGAAGUCCGCUCUUAGCGGGGAGGUGCAGGUGAAGCAAGAAGUUAGUUCCAUGGACUCGGCUGAAGGUGAUGGGGACGAACCCUCGUUCGGUUGGGAAGAAGAUUCCUCUCCCCUAUCUGGCUCAGUUUCAGCUUCUGAAGAUGAAGACCAGCAUGCCUUUGAUCAGAAGAUGAAAGUUAAACAAAAGAGGAGGAUGAGUCAAAGUGAAUCUGAAGAUGACAAUGAUGGUCCCUUAGAUCGCCGAUGCCUAAUGCUUUCGUUAGCCGCAAAGAAGCGCGAACUGACCGUAGAAGACCAGCGCAACAUCAGGAAGUUCUCUGAAGAACCGGGUCCCAGUAUAAAUAGCAGUUUGAGAGCCCUUACUGCUCGGAAACGGAGAAAAGUAAGGGACACUUGGCUUGAGGAGAUAACCUCCGCAGUAUCCAGAGUUGUAGGGGUCCAACUUGAUCGACUUCACGAGAGGUUCCGCCGGCAGGAGGAGGAGCGUCUUGCCGCCCAGCGAGUAUGGGAAGAGAAAAUGGAAAGAAGGCACCAAGAAUCGCAACGUAAACUUGUAGAAGAACUUAACGCCGGCCAAAUGCAAGUCAUGGAUAUGUUCACCAAGACGAUGUGUAUGAUGACUUCUGGUGCACAGCAUCCGUCGCAACUGCAACCUGGCGAAGGCGUUCCACUUAAUCAUAAUCAACAUAUUACGGGGGUUUGGACGCUUGAAGAGGAGAAAAUGCUUCUGCAAUUUCGGGCGGAGAAGCGGGUGAGGGAGCGGCUGGACGGUACGUGCAAUAAUAAGCAUGUUUAUCGGGACAUUACUAAGAAGCUGGCUGAGCGUGGAGUGGUCAAAGAGGCCAAGGCGGUAAGAAACAAACUGAAGUAUCUCCGAAGCAAGUGGCAGAAGGCAUUACUCAGGGACGGUAGCCGAUGUGAGGGCGAAAAGAAAGUCAAGAUUUAUCACAGGGAACUGUGCGCUGCAAUAUGGGGGCAUAACCCUGGUGGUAUGAGUGAUGGUUUGCCUCAAAAAUUGAGAGACUCGGAUUGUGAGGAUGAUGAUGACGACGAUGAAGACGAUAAAGAUCUUGUAGAGCAUGAAGCAAAUCCCAUUGACACUGUUGAUGCCAGAGAGCCUGAUUCUUUCUUUAGCUGGGGGGAAGAAUCUUCAUCGCCAUCAGGCUCUAACAUCAGAUCAUGUUCAGUGACUGACGAGGGUGCCCGUUGUGCUAUUGGUGACGACCUGAAGACUCACUCAGAUGCAAGCAACGCAUCCUCAGUGAAAAAUACGGACGAACUGGAGAAGUCUGGUUACCAGGGGACAAUGGUGGCAGCAACCGCGUCGGUGAAGGAAGAACCUAAUGAUAUCCAUGAGAGCGAAGUUCAUCAAAAUCCUCACCAGGAGAUGGAGGAGGAUGAGCAUCUUACCGCUCAACAAGCCUGGGAAAAGAGAAUGGAAAGGAUCCACCAAGAAUCGCAAGCGAAGCUCAUCGGCGAACUGAGAGCAGGCCAAGAGCAGUUCAUGGACAUGUUCACUAAGGCCAUGGGCUUGAUGACUCCUGGGGUGCAGUAUCAGCCACGACUGCAACCUGGCCAGGGCGUUCCAUUAAACCAUCACCUAUUGCAACCGCAACCUGGCAAAGGCAUUCCAGUAAACCAUCAUUCGCUCCAACCUCAAUCUGGCGAAGGAGCUCCGUUAAACCAUCAUCUGACAAGACCGCAACCUGGCCAAAGCAUUCCAGUAAGCCAUCAUCCGCUUCAACCGAAGUCAGGCCAAGGCCUUCCAUCAAACCAUCGUCCGCUACAACGUCCAGGAGAAAGAAGCCAUACUAAACCCUCAUUUCGACAACCUAAUACAAGUUGGACGAAAGAGGAGGAGCUCCUGCUUUUGAAGUUAAGGGCUGAAAAGGACAUAACGGAUCAAAUGGAUGGGACGUGCAAGAACCACCUGGUUUACCAGCAAAUUGAGGAGAGGUUGGCCGAGUGCGGGAUCAUGAAAGGCACGAUGGUUAUCCGCAACAAGCUGAAGUACCUGAGAAAGAAGUGGCAUUAUGAUCUAGAGCAUAACAAUCGAAAGAGAAAAUUUGGGCCUCUCUAUCAACUCUGCGAAAUUAUCUGGGGACAUCCCUCCGGCCCUGGUGACACCGAUAGCAACAUGCUUGAUGAAACCGCAAAUGGUGACUUGGAUUAUGCCGAUGAUGAUGACGAUGAGGAUGUCGAUGAUGAUAUGGCGAGUUUUGGAUAUGACAUCGAUCGAAAGCCUUCCCUCGAUGCCACGGAAGGGGCGUCAUCGUCCAGCCACUGGCAAAGAGAUAUGUCUGAUCAGUUUGAUCUAUCUAAGUUUGACAUCGAUUAAGUCACUCCAAUCAGUUGCCACCCUAUCUCACCAAGGAUGAGUGCAACCAUCUUUUGUAAAGAGUUGCAACUUUUUGUCAAUGUUGGUUUACACCAUCAAAAGCCAUCUGCAAGUUGUUUUGACCAAGAUGUGAGAAUUCAAAUUUUGCAUUUUUUCAGCUGCUAGACUAUAAAUUUGGCAUUUUUCAGCCAUUAGAAUUCAAAAUUGGCAUUUUUCAGCUAAUAGAAUUCAGACUUGGUAUUUUUGAGCUGUCGAAAUUCAAAUUUGGCAUCUACAUGAAUAUUCAUUAGGUGGGCUGAUGAUGACAUCCCCACUUUCCUUUUUAAUA